UUUGUUCGCUCAUAGACAAGUCGGAGGAGUCUGCUAUCGAGGCACUGCGUAAGAAGCUGGCAGCUGUCUCGCUCGAGCUCAGGAACACACAGCUGGACCUCAUGGAUGCGAGUGAUGACCUCGUAUCUACACAGGAGCAGCUUGAGGACACUCAGGUCAAGCUUGAUGAGACUCAACUUGAGCUGCAAAACACUCAGGAUGCUCUUGCCAACAGCAAGCGUGCAUGCCGGGCAGCCAACCUCGACCGUAUCCUCACGCGCCCACCAAAACAGCAGGAAGUCUUUGUUGUCUUGAAGUUCCGGUCACCCCAGCCAUUGCCUGUCGGUGGAUAUCGCCUUUUUACGCUGCAGCGAAAGGCUGUUGAACGCACUGUGAACCAGUUCAUUGCUGACAACCUAGAGCUCGAUGCCGUUGUGAUGGACGAGUUACGAUUUGAUCGCUCCCCGAGAGGACAUAAUGUCUUCCAGCAUGUCAAGGAUGACAAGAAUGCGCCGAUCAAGUCUAGUCGCCGCAACUUCAUUCUCAAGGAUGGCCAUACAGAGAAUGAGAUGAUUGAGUAUAUCACAAGUGUCUUCAACACCCAUAUUCAGGACUCCCUCUAGUUCAUCACACCGCAUAGAAGCCUUCUGUCGGGAGGACCCCUCACGGGCUAAACGUUUUACCGGGAGCUCAAACUGCAUUUUCUUUCUACAGAGACAUCUCUGUUUGAGCUCCCGUUCAAUAAAGAGGGCGGUCAAUAAGAGAGGUUUUAAAAAAUAACAUUGAAAGAUGCUUUUUCUAACAAGAAG